GGUGUUAGUGGUGAAGGAGCAGCAAAUGGCGACCCAAACACAGGGAAGGACUCGGUAGCCUUGCUUAAGCAACUGCUCUUUUCAUUGUUGUGUGGGGAAACUCGCACGUAAGGAGUUAACAAUGGGGAGGUCUAGGUCAAGAAGCAGGACACCAAAGCGACACAAGAGUAAAAGGUCGCACAAGAGGCGGUCACGGUCCAGAGAAAGAGAGCGACGCAGGCACCGCGAGCGGGAGAGGUCCAAGGAGCGAGCCAAGACUAGUCGCAAGUUAUCACGAUCAUCAUCCUCCUCCUCAACUAGUGAUGAGGAACCAAGAACCAGAGAGAAAAAGAUUGAUGAAGUUGACAGAUUAGCAGAACUUGAAAGAGUUAGGAGGCAAAGGGAAGCAGAACAAAAGAUGGUGGAAGAAGUGGCAGCCAAAAGACUUGAAGAAUUAGUGGCACGUAGAGUGGAAGAGGAGUUAGAGAAGAGACGAGAAGAGAUAGAGGCUGAGGUGUUACGGAGAGUGGAGGAGGCUAAACGCCUCAUGGAGCAGCAAAUGUUAGAAGAACUUCAGGAAAAGCGUCGCCAACAAGAAGAGGAUCAAAAGAAGCGAGAGGAGGAGGAACGUAAACAGCGAGAGGAGUUGGAGCGCAUCAUGGAAGAGAACAAACGAAAAAUGGAACUUGCACAGAUGAAACUGGCAGAGCAGCAGCUGCAGAUGGUUGAGGAACAACGCAAGAUUGAUGAGGAGCGGCAGAAGAUCAAGAGAGCACUUGAGAAAAAGACUCGUGAGGAGCAGAAGAUCAUCUUGGGGAAGAAUAAUGCCCGACCUAAGAUAUCUUUCUCAAUAUAAGCUGCGUACCAAACUGCAUGGGCCUUAUGUGUACAUCAGCACUCUUCAGACUUCAUAUUAUUUUUAUUUUACAUUUCCCUCUCCCUUUGUUUUUUUCAGGUCUGUUGCUUUAAUUCCUGCAUGGAAGUCAACAGAAUGUGUGCUUGUAAAAACCCAGAUACUUGGCUGUUGUAUCAUCACAUAUUUCAUUACCAGAAGUGUAUUUUAUACUGUCAGAAUUGUCGUUAAGUUCAGACAUUAUUAAUUGAUCACUAGUGUAAAGUGUCUGGUUUUUUACUAUUAGAACAUAUGUAUAUAUGGUAUGAGUAAGAUAGGGCCAAAGUUAGGAAAUUAGGUGGGUAUUCACUCUGUGUCUUGCAAGCUUUUAAUUGGCUUCAGAAAUUAAAGCUCAUAUCAUUCUUGUAUAUAUAUAUAUAUAUAUAUAUAUAUAAUUUUAUUUUAUUUAUUUUUCUUUUUUCUUUUUUUGUUAUUAUUAUUAUUAUUUUUUUUUUUUUUUUUUUUUUUUUUUUUUUUACAUCUGUUCCCAAGCACUCCUCCCAGAGUGUAUAGCUGUGAUAGGGUUGUAUGGGGCAGCAGACGGCCUCACAAGAGGAUAGCUAAUGAAUGUGUUGGGACAACUAUGAUCACGAGCUCAGAUAACAUAUUAGCAAUAAACGAUUCUCAUUGGCUGGUUAUUUAAACCAAGAAAAUGUUUUGUAUGCUCAUAUAGUGGUGGGAGUACAAAGGCCUAAAAAAAACCAUGGGACCUGGUGGUUGUUAUGGUCCUUACAUCUACAACACUGCCCUCUGUUCUUUCUGUCAGGGAUUCAAUCCCCUGUUCUGGUUAGAAUUUAUCUUGCUUUUAGACCACUUUCUCAGUGUUUCUAUGGAGUGCCAAAGGGAAGUGUUACACAUGCUGUCUUCUUCACUACUUUGAAAGUUAUCAGUAUACUUAAAAAUUUCAUAGGAGCAUAUUUUUCAAUAACACACACACAGCUAUAAGCUGGUUUCAAGUACCACAUGUAAUACCUAUACAGGAGGUAAAACUUGAUAACUGAAAUAUAGCUUCACUUUGUAUUAAUCAAGAUUAUAUCCAGUGUCACAUGAUUCCAUUACUGCAGCACCUUAAUUUAUCAGUCUAUUCAUCCCUAAGGUAAAAAAAAAAAAAUGUCUAUUCAUGUAAUUAUUUUUAUUUUCAAUAAUAUCAUGGUAUGAAAAUUAUAUUAGUGGAUCAGUAUGGUACCUUCACAGAUAUAGUAUUGAUAAUUAUUUAUCAGCCAAUGCAUUUGAGUCAAAAUUACAUAAACCCAGAACUUACAAACCAGCACACAAAAAGCACAUAUUCCUAAAUUUUCUCAUUUAUAUAAUGAUCUGACCUUUCACUUCUGGAGCUAAAUAAAACUUAAGUUCACAGGACACCUUGUGUUUAUAUAUAUAUAUAUAUAUAUAUAUAUAUAUAUAUAUAUAUAUAUAUAUAUAUAUAUAUAUAUAUAUAUAUAUUUAUAUCCCACAAAAGAUUCUUUUUUCACUAACUUCCCUAAAAGUAAUGAAUUUCAGUAAAAAAUAUCCAAGUGAGCCCUGCACACAAGAUUGAGACUGCUUGGAGACUGUAUAUUAGGGCUAGUUUCUAUUACUUAUAUACCUGGAGAGAAAGGUUUGAUAUGCAGCAUUGCUAAAUUUAUUUGAAGAACCCCUUAAGGUGAGUCAAAAAAAAAUAUUAAAGUCUUUGUUCCAGAGGAGUCAGUACUCCAAACAGGACUACAGUAUGAAGAAGGCAAGAUUUAUUGGUACCAUAGUAGAGCCUUUCAGGUAUCUUUACUUGAAUUCAUGAUUAAUUACCCUGCCAUUUAUUAAUUUAAUAUCUGUGCCAGAUUGGCAGACACAUUACCUUCAUUAUUUGUUUCGCCUUCAUUCACCCUCCAUGUACAAAGUUAACAAAUUACUCUUGUAGAACAACUAAACUUUCAGCUUUAUAUUACAGUCAGGAUUCAUCUAUGUAAAAUUAUGCCAAUAUUCAUGUUCUUUAUAUCCCAAUAAAUUAUAUCUCAUAAUUAAAUGUUAUCCUUUAGUUAAAUAAUACUUUGUAUUUUUUUUGUUUUUUUAUUUAUUCUCUCUCUCUCUCUCUCUCUCUCUCUCUCUCUCUCUCUCUCUCUCUCUCUCUCUCUCUCUCUCUCUCUCUCUCUCUC